AUGGACCAGAUCAGUGCAGGCAAGCCCUCUCACUCCCGGCUGAGGCGCCAUGAAAAAGAAUUUCUGGAGCUGGCAGCGUCGGCAGGGAGAGGAGGGCAGCCCAAUGAAGGAUGGAUGCAGGUGCAGGCUCAUCGGCGGAAGGGGGACCCCAUUACUGUUGGAAGCAUAUUAGUUUGGCCCACUGAAGCCAGUCACUGGAUCAACUUCAAGCAUGUAUUGGACACGAUAGACAGAGGACACAAUGUUACUGUGCUGGUGCACUGUGCUUCUCUAUACACGGACCCCACUGAAUGCUGUUGUUUCAGCUAUGAACCUUUUCAUUUCUCGGUCUCUGUGGAAGCCUUGGAGGAUUUCCUUGAGGAGUUCAUACACUUCUCCGUGAACGAGAUGGACUACCUGUACUACUAGCAGAUCAACUUGAGACUUCAUGAACUUAUACAAAAAAAUUCAGUUUAACAUGCAGAUUUUGAACUUUUUGGACUGUUAAGGUAGGAGAGAGUCAUGGGGAGACUGAAAGAGGUCAAGUACAACCAACUGUUAGUUGACCCCAUUAGCGGUGAGCUGAUGACUGAGAUUCUGGCCAUUCCUCUCGUUUAGAACCUGCGUUUCUCUAUCGCCCACACCUGGGAGAGGCUCUGUGAGCAGCUUCCCACCCCACGGUCCUACGUCCCCGGUGCCAUGGUGAAAUGA